CCGUCACGCCAUCAUAGCCGUUCAUUAUUUGUUCUCACGUGCCGGCAGGCCAGAACUGAUAGAAAAGAAGCCCCACGGGAGAGGGCGAGACGAAGGCAAACGACGAUCGUGAUGGCGGCGGCGCGGUAUGGCCUGCGAGUGCUUCUGCGCGGCGGAGCGUUGCGGAGUAAACCCGCCGCCGGCAAGAGGAGCUUCUCCUCCUCCCCCCUCCACGACGACGCUCAUGAGACGGCGAAAUGGGAGAAGAUAACGUAUGCGGGGAUCGUCACCUGUACUGUGCUCUCGAUCUAUAACCUCUCCCAGGAUCACCCCCACCAUCCCGAACCCCCGGCUUAUCAAUAUUUGCACGUCCGUAACAAGGAGUUCCCUUGGGGUCCUGAUGGUCUCUUUGAGAGGAAGCAUGCUGAGCAUUAGGGCAGCAUUCCCAUUAUUCCUGAUUUUCGCUUGGAACAUUCUCAAGUUGAGAGCUUGCAAACUUGGAGCGGCUGUUCAAAGCUACUUUGCCAUUACAUUUGAUUUGAAAAAAAUAUAUACAUAUAUAUAUAUAAUAAUAUUGUCGAACCUUCUUUUUGCAAGUAAAUUUAUCUCUCUCUGUCAAGCUGUAUGGCGUUGAUCUCUUUUUGGCUGACGAACCUAUUCAACUUCCUUUGGAAAGGGAGAUUUAAGUCAUGCUAAUAAAGAUAUGAUAUCUGUGUUUUCAUUUUUCC